UUCGCCGGUCGGCGGUCGCAUACUGUGGCCAGUCCAUGAGCGCGCACCGAUGUAGGUGCACGCGCGCCGCUCCCGGGUAUACUACGCGAGUGAGUGAUACAGUGACCAUGAAGUGUUCUGUGGUGGUUCUGAUGCUGGCCUGCCUCAGGCUAGCCUCCUCCGCCUCCACCUCGUGCACCCUCGCCGAGGACUUCUUUACAAGACACAACAUAUCAGCUGACGAUAGCAACGAACCAGGGCCGAUAUGCGGCGGGCAGUGUUGCGGGCGGGGGCGGGAGGCGCAUCUGCGGAACUACGUGCGGAAGAGUGCGGAAGACCGUGUCUGCGCCGCCUCGCGUCCCGUAGCGGAACUGCUGCUCGCCACCAAACGGACGCUGCAAGAGCACCUGACAGCGCUGUCUCAUCAGUCGCAGAACAAGACAGCAGUACUCUUCACACACAUAUACAAGAACCAUGCGAUCCGUGCACACGCGCCUCUCGGUUCCCUAUACGACGACAUCAGAAUACUCCUCCGGUCUACUGGAGAAGACCACGACCUGGGAUCCCCUCCUCCGAAGGACAUGGCGACCAGCGCCAAAAAGUUCUUCAAGGACAUAUUCCCGGUGGCCUACCAGAAUAUCCUCAAGUUGGAGUCGAAGCAGUUCACGCAGGAGUAUGAGGCGUGUUUGAAGGAUGCCUAUAACGGUGUCCAGCCUUUCGGAGAUGUGCCCGAACAGCUGGGCAGCUCCCUCUCCCGUUCGCUGGAAUCCGCGCGAGCGCUGCUCCAGGUGUUGGCCGUGGGUGCUGGAGCGUUGCUGGAUAGCCAGCAGAUCCUGUCCAGCAUGAGCUCGGAGUGCGCCAGCCGCCUGCUCCAAGUGGGGGGCUGUGCUCGCUGUCGGAACCACCAAGCCAGUCCCUGCAGGAAUUACUGCCUAAACGUCGCUAGAGGGUGCAUAGGCUCCCUGCUGUCGGAGCUAGACGCGCCGUGGGCUGGCUACGUGGAAGGUGUAGAGCGGGUGGCCCGCGCCGACGCUGAUGCUGCACUCCGAACCCUGGACUCCAGGGUGUCGGAGGCCAUCAUGCACGCGCUCGAGAACCACGUGAUCCUGGAGAAAAAGGUGCGCCAAGAGUGUGGUCCGCCGACUACAGUGGAAGUGGCGAUGCUGACGACGCCCCGGCCGACCGGGUCGCGCCGGGACCCGCUCCGUGCGCCCCCGCCUGACGCUGAGCUGCUGCAGUUCGCGGCCACGCUCGCCAGCAGCCGCUCGCUGUUCGCCGACAUCGCAGACACAGUGUGCGACGACCCCGAGCUCGUGUAUGACGGCAACGAUAGGUGCUGGAACGGCGAGGCGGUUGGAGAGUAUACCAAAGCCCUAGUAGCAUCAGCGUCUGUCAGUGACCAGAAGUACAACCCCGAGGUGCCGGCGGCCGCGGCGCAAGACGCGCGAGUGGCCGCGCUGGGCGACAAGCUGCGACAGGCCAGACAGUUGCUAGUAUCCCACUCGUACAAGUCGUCGGCGGACUCCUUCAUGCUGGGCGACGAGGCUGGCGACGAGGGCUCCGGGUCCGGUCGCAGCUACACCGACGACGACGCCGCCUAUGACGCUGAGGGUUCCGGCGAGGAGGGCUCCGGUGCCGUCGAUAUCGGUACCAGGACGAUGAUAGGCGAGGAUACGACCUACUCCGCACCGCCAGUUGCCGGAUCCGCAGCUAACUUCAGGCCGCUACAAUUCAUAUUUGGAAUCACAAUCGUCAUUUGGCUAACAUAAGCGUGAGUGACAACACGUAGGAGCUUCUUAAGACUGUUCUGUGUAUUUAUUUAUUUAUUUUCGUCUGGCAAUGUUUUUAAUAGAAAAUUCGCCUAAAACAUGACUGCAGUAAUUUUAUGCUUUAUACAAAAUUAAGUGGCCAGAAUAUAAUAUAGACUUGAGUCCAGUGAAAAAUGAAAAUAUAGUCCCAGUGUUAAUUUUUUUCAGCAUAAUAUUUUGCCUAAGCAAUAAAAAUUCUUACUUUGUAAUGUUUAGUUAGAGCAACUUUUUCUGUAAAACAAAUUUCAGUUGUUUAUAAAAUGUUUAUGUAGGAAUAAAUCUACCAAUUCAAUAUUUUAGAGGAAUAUGUCAUGCGAAGCGAAGCAUUAAAAAGUAAAAACCACUGGGUCAGUAUGACAUGGUAUAAAGUUUCCCGUCGUAGGGCUUCGCCUUCAAUAGGAUCAUAACCAUAAUUAUAAGUAAUAUUCAUUGCAUUUAUGUGUGUUCUUGGUGCUAUAGACUUUGCAUCUGUUUUAUUCUGUUUUGUGGCUAUACGAAAUAGUAAAGCAAUAUAAAUAUUACACAGUAGAUCAUCUUCAUACUCCGCGCGAAUCGGGCGCACGCACACAAUGACGUGAUUUCAGAUAACUUGACUCUUGAGCAACAAAACAGUCUACUGUAUGAUGUUUAAAUAUCAUUAUUGUCGUAAUAUUUUUAUUGGAAUAUGUCAAAUAAUAAGAACUCGGGUGCUUGGUAGUGAGCUGUACACGGCUGCAACUUAAAUAAAUAA